AUGGUUAGUCAAGAAUAUUUGGAGAAAGAUAACAAUGAUAUCAAUACGUGGUCCUUUCCUAAUACAUCACUAGGUGACGUCGAUGAUGAGUCAACGGAUCUUUAUCGAGAAACUGUAACUGGAAAAUUCCAUAAGCUACCAAAACCAGGAGUUCCUGAUGUGCCUUCUGGAGUAACCACUUUUCACAGACAUCCAUAG